AUGCCUCGCGAAGUUUCCGACAUCAAGCAGUUCAUCGAGAUCUGCCGCCGCAAGGAUGCCUCCUCUGCCCGCAUCAAGCGCAACCGCAACACCCAGCAGAUCAAGUUCAAGGUCCGCUGCCAGCGCUUCAUCUACACCCUCGUCCUGAAGGACUCCGACAAGGCCGACAAGCUGAAGCAGAGCCUGCCUCCUGCUCUCAAGGUCGUCGACGUCUCCAAGGGCGACAAGAAGAAGUCUCUGUAA